AUGAGGUUGGUGGAUGGUGGUUGUAAUGUGAUUGAGGGUUGGUUGGUGGUGGUUGCAAUUAGUGAUGUACAAAGUGGUAGGGGUGGUGGUGUGGGUGGAGGCAUUGGGUUGGGUAGUAGUGGUGUUGGUGCUUGGGGGAGAUGGGGGUGUGAGAGUGAUGGGGAUAAAAGCGGGGAUGGUGGACAUGGUUGGGGGGUGGUGGGUGGGUUUGGGCAGGAGGGAGAGGCAUGGCAGGAGGGGUGUGGUGGGGAGGGGUAUUGGUUAGGCUGUUGUUGGGUGGGAUGGGAGUGGGUUGUGGGAUGCGGUGGCGAUGGCAAUGGUGGGUGA